AUGGUGAGCACUAGAAGCAGAUUUGGAAGCGGUAACCCGCAGCCCGAGCCACCAGUGAUUGAGCAUGUGCCAGAGGUAGCAGCUGCACCUAGACCAAUCACGAUGGCCGGAGUACAAGCAAUGGUGCGGAUAAUGUUGGAUCAACAGAUGGACGAAACAAUGCGUUUACUUCAACGAAGUAAGGACGAACUUACUGUGCCAGUACGUCAUACACCCAGUCUUGAGGCGACCAUCACGGUUGCUAAGUAUGUCGAUGAAUUGAUCAACGACAAUAUCGCCAACAAGUUUGAUGUUGGCAAGAAGAGGAAAUUUGAGGGGUCUUCAAGGUCUGACAAGAACAACAUGUUCUCAAAGUCUGGAGGAGUAGUUGAAGCAAAAUGGUGUGACAAGUAUGGAAGAAAACACAACAGUAGAUGCCCUAAGGAAGUAACCUGCUUCAAAUGCAGGAAGACUGGUCACUAUGCCCACGAAUGCCCAACCGAGGAAGAAGUUUUCUUUAAGUGUAGUAAAGAGGGACACUUCAAGCAAGAAUGUCCGAUGAGAGCUACAAAGCCAAGUGUACCGCUGAAGCACAAUGGGAGGUACUACGAAAAAGUAACUUGUUUCAAGUGUGGAAAGCAUGGGCAUUACGCCGAUGAGUGUACAUUGAACACCAGGGUGUGUUACGGAUGUAAUGAGGAAGGGCGCCUCAAGCAAGAUUGCCCAAAAAGGAAAGGUGUUACAAAGCCAAAGGCACCGCUGAAGAACUAUGGGAGAUGCUACAAAGAAGUGACUUGUUUUAAGUGUGGGAAGAAUGAGCAUUACACCAAUGUCUGUACAUCCAACAAGAGGUUUUGUUACGGAUGUAGGAAUAAGGGACAUAUAUCAAAGGAUUGCCCGAAGAAAAGUGAAGCCGCAAGAGCGAAUGCACCUCCAAAACCAAGAAGCAUCCCUAACAAAGCAACUGACAACACAAUGAAGAGUGAUGAUUGA